AUGAGGGGAGCCAACCAGUCCAGCGUGUCCGAGUUCCUGCUCCUGGGGCUGUCCAGCCGGCCCGAGCGGCAGCAGCUCCUGUUCGUGCUCUUCCUGAGCAUGUACCUGGCCACGGUGCUGGGGAACCUGCUCAUCCUCCUGGCCAUCAGCGUGGACGCCCGCCUGCACACGCCCAUGUACUUCUUCCUCAGCAACCUGUCCCUCGUGGACCUCUGCUUCUCCUCCACCACCGUCCCCAAGAUGCUGACCAACCACAUCCUGGGCACUCAGACCAUCUCCUUCUCGGGGUGCCUUGUGCAGAUGUACUUCCUUUUCAUGUUCGUGGACAUGGACAACUUCCUGCUGGCCGUCAUGGCCUACGACCGCUUCGUGGCCAUCUGCCACCCCUUACACUACUCCAGCAAGAUGACGCCGCGGCUGUGCGUCCUGCUGGUGGCCGUGUCGUGGGUCACUGCCAACCUGAACGUCCUCUUGCACACCCUGCUGAUGUCUCGGCUCUCGUUCUGUGCGGACAACGCCAUCCCCCACUUCUUCUGCGACGUGACGCCCCUCCUGAAGCUCUCCUGCUCCGACACGUAUGUCAAUGACAUGACGAUUCAGACCGAGGGUGCCUUGAUCAUGAUCACCCCGUUUGUUUGCAUCCUGGUGUCGUACAUCCACAUCGCCCGCGCGGUCCUGAGAGUCCCGUCCCCCCAGGGGCGCUGGAAGGCCUUCUCCACCUGCGGCUCCCACCUGGCCGUGGUUGCCCUCUUCUACGGCACCAUCAUCGCGGUAUACUUCAACCCUUCGUCCGUCCACUCAUCUGAGAAGGACACGGCGGCCACUGUGCUGUACACGGUGGUGACCCCCAUGUUGAACCCCUUUAUCUACAGCCUGAGGAACAAAGACUUGAAAAGAGCUCUUGGAAAGGUCUUUAGCAGGAAGACGCUCUCUGUGUAA